GGGGAGUGGGCGGGUUCUGACUGCCGGAUACUGCUUCGCUUGGGCCGGUUGCGGGAACCGGGAUCGCGCGCGGGGCCGAAGGAUUUUCCCUUCAGGGCAAAAGAAUGCAGACGAUAAAGUGUGUGGUUGUUGGAGACGGUGCUGUGGGAAAGACCUGCUUGCUCAUCAGCUAUACCACCAAUGCCUUCCCUGAGGAAUACAUCCCCACAGUGUUUGACAACUACAGUGCUCAGAUGACAAUGGACGGCAGAAUGGUUAGUCUGAAUCUCUGGGACACUGCAGGCCAGGAGGAGUAUGACCGGCUGCGCACCCUCUCCUACCCUCAAACCAAUGUGUUUGUGAUCUGCUUUUCCAUUGGAAGCCCUUCUUCAUUUGCCAAUGUGCGGCACAAGUGGCACCCUGAAGUAUCCCACCACUGCCCUAAUGUGCCAAUCCUUCUUGUUGGCACCAAGCGGGACUUGAGAAGUAAUGUGGAGAUGGUGAAAAAGCUGAAGGAGCAGGGCCUGGCUCCCACCACCCCACAGCAGGGGGUUUCAUUGGCCAAACAGAUUGGAGCAGUCAAAUACUUAGAGUGCUCUGCACUGAACCAGGAGGGGGUGCGAGAAGUGUUUGCAGAAUCUGUGCGGGCAGUGUUGUAUCCUGUGACAAAGAAGAACUCAAAGAAGUGCCUUUUGUUGUAGUCACCAAGGACUGUGACUCAAAAGACUGAGGGCUUGGGAUAUUUGUGAGGCUCCGUCUGAAUCUUAUUGCAUCUUGCACUAAUGGCUCUAAAGAGAAUUUCUUGCAGCAAAUACUCCUGCAGUUCAGGUACCAGAUCCAGCAGACUGAAAUGAGCAGUUUGAUUUCAAGGUUAAGGAUCAGCCUCUCCAGCAGAUUUCCAGUGCCUCUGCCUAUGUAGUUCUCAUCUCUACAGCUGGGAGACAUCUUCAUAGCCAAACACCUUCUCCACACCAGAAACAAUAGUCCUUCUUGACUGAGACAGUGAUCAGGUUUUUUUUAUGUUGCUGCUUUGUCCUAGCCAUUAGUUGCCAAACAGUUGUCUUUUGUAGACAAGGCUGUGCCUUUCCCAUAAUUGAGUGAUUUUGUUAUACCGUACAAAUAUGGCAUAUGAAUCCUGGUAUGCUAAAGUUUGAUCAUGAUAUAGAAAAGUUCACUGUUAAAACCAUGUGAAAUAAUAGACAUCAGACACUGAGGGAUGAGCCCCUCAUAAAGAGGCUUGCUUAAUAACAUCAACCAAGCACUGUCUCUCUUUGUGACAUUUGUUGCAUCACAAUGGAAUAGAUCUGAGAUUGGCAGUUCUUAAGUGUGAGUUUACUUUUGGAGGCUGUCCCUGAGCCAUAUCAAUGAAUGAAAGCUAUUCUUUACAGCCUUUAAGAUUAAGCUCUUUGUGGAGCAGAAUGAGAUUUUCAUUCUCAGUUAUUGUAAGAUCAUACUCCUGCCCCACCUGCUCUAGGAAGCAGUCCCAAUUUGCAUCCCUGCUUGGUCACUAGCCCCCUCAGUAAAAACAGCAUGCCUGUUCUACUGGAGAAUGUAAGUAAUUAUGCAUAUAAUAGUACCUGGCACUGCUGGAUAUUUACCAUACCCAGCUUCACUACAGGUGCUUUUGUUCUUCAAAUAUCUUCUUGUAUGUGGCUUCAGUGGCAUCAGUCAGCCUGCAGUGUAGGAGAAAAACAAAACAAAAAUAUGCCCUGGAUUGUUCAUUCGCUCUCUCUCCCUUCCCCUCCACUGGAUCACAGAUUCUGCAAAUAGCAGGAUUUCUAUGUCUGCUCAUUGAUUGCUAUUUUUUUCUGCUGGUAGUGGUUAGUAACUUCUUGCCAAAUAGGAUUUGUCUUUUAAAAAUUCAGGUGUAAAUGGUGUUAAAAAUGCUGCACUAGUUUGUUACUAUGGUUUUAAAUUUCCCAUGAACUUGGAUAACCUACAGAAAUGCAUACAUACAUAUAAUAAGCCAGGUUUAACCUUGACUGAAAUAUUAACUUUCCCUUUUUGAAAAAUAAUUAUGAAAGUAUAUGUUUCAUGAAUCUGUAUUUUUCAUUAAUGAUUUCAUCUAGUGGCAUUACGGAACUCAAGACCAAGUUUGAAACCUGCAGUUGAGUUAAAAUUUUGUUGACAAAUGCUUUAUAUUUUUUUUCUUCUGGCCAAGGGAAGGAAAAAGGAAAGGUCCUCUAUGCAAGCACCAGUCAUUUCCGCUUCUGGGGUGACAUUGCUUUCACAACGUUUUCAUGGCAGACCUUUUUACAGGGUGGUUUGCCAUUGCCUUCCCCGGUCAUUACACUUUCCCCCCAGCGAGCUGGGUACUCAUUUUACCGACCUCGGAAGGAUGGAAGACUUGAGUCAGCCUCGAACCGGCUACCUGAACCAGCUUCCGCUGGAAUCGAACUCAGGUCGUGAGCAGAGGGUUCCAACUGCAAUACUGCAUCUAUACCACUCUGCGCCACAGCUUGCUUAAUUGAACAAAUGUGUUUAUGGCUGUUCUAGAGAGAAGUAUUAUGAGCAUCACUUUUGUGGUGCAACCCAUAGGGAAAAGAACUGUUAAGAAAUAGAGUGCCACUGCUUUGUUUGGAGCUGAUUCUGCCAUGAAAUUAGUCUUGUGAAAUAGUGAUUCCAGCGGCAGCCACUAUGUCUGUUGGUGCUGAGCAAAAUUUGAAUUUUUCAAAAUGUGACACUUUGGAAUUCUGCUACCCAUGAACUAUUCUUAUUGUAUAGCUGCAGAUCAGAUGGGUAAUGAAGUUGGCCCAAUAACUUGUAUAAAUCCAGCAUCUUUCUUGUUGUUGAUGAAAAAAAAUUGCAGUUCUGUGAUUUGAUGCCAACUCCACCACAAUUUCUAUAAAUGAAAUGUCACCCCUACCCACUCUUGCUUGAGUUCUCUGCCCUCAAUCUAACCAUUCUCAGGGUAUACGGUGGAGGAAAAUACUGUUUUUGAGUACUAAAGAAUGCAGCUAGCGACAAUUUGCUCUCACCAGUUUUUACUGAGUUAUUUUUUAAUCUCUCUACCAGAGGAAUCAUUCCUGUUUUUAUUAGGUUGCGGUGCUCUGAGCCCCAGAGGUUCUACAAACUAAACUUUGUAGGCCGAUAGCUUUUGGUAUUCAGCUUCGUGUAGAAUUUAUGGUUCUUAAAACCUAGCAAAGCCUUUAUUCUUCGCCUUUUAGAAAUAAAUUUUGGUGCUGCAGGCUCUGGGGGAGGAGAUUUUUUUUUCCUGGUUGAGUUGUUAAGUGGGGGAUGGGUGGGCCUCAUGUGCCUUAAUGUGUGAAGGGAACUUGAGACUGUGUGGUACUGAAACAUACACUGGCAACUGAUUUUAUAGGUAAAAACAAAUUUGUAUGGCAACUAACAAAGUUAUUUUUUAAAUUAUACAGAAUUAAAUUGUAAUAAACAAAGAAAAAA